GGGCCGCGGAGUCGUAAACGUGCUUGUUGUUAGGCUGUGCGCUCAGGUGAGCUGUGCCUUAGUCUUAGCUGUGAGGAUCAGGGGAAACAUGGGGAAACUUCAGGAGUUCGAGAUCACGUUUGAUAAUAACAAAGAGGUUUACAGCCCGGGAGAGUCCAUCUCCGGGACCGUGAGGAUUAAACUGGCCCAGGCGCUGCUGUGUAAAGCUAUCAAAGUGAACUGCAAUGGAUUCUGUGGCAUCACCAGUAAGGUCAAUGACACGGCCUGGACCAUGGAGGAGCAGUACUUCAACAGCACCGUCUCUGUCGCAGACAAAGGAACCCUGAAACUGGGAGAACACACUUUCCCCUUCAAGUUUCUCAUACCAGACACUGCUCCGACAUCUUUUGAAGGAAACUAUGGUCGGACCAUUUACAGAGUGAGGUCGUUCAUCGACACGCCACGGUUUUCAAAGGACUACAACGUAGAGAAACCUUUCUACAUGCUGCGACUUCUGAACCUGAAUGAAGUGCCAGACAUCUGGGGAACCAGCUCGUCUGCAGUGACUCAGCAGUUCAGCUACAUGCUGAUGAAAACAGGCACCAUGGUCCUGAAGGCUCAGUCGGACAUGAGGGGUUACACACCUGGCCAGAUCAUCCAGGUGACGGCCUCCAUGCACAACCAAUCCGGGAAGAACACAGGCAUCAUGGCCGCCAGCUUGAUGCAGAGAGUGACCUACGAGAUGAAGAGGCCUGUCCAUGAUUUGAGGUCAAUAGCAGAGGUGGAGGGCGGGGUGGUGAAGGCUGGUAAGGAGGUGGAGUGGAAGGAGCAGAUCAUCAUUCCUCCUCUUCCUCAGUCGUCCCUCGUUGGCUGUGAUCUGAUAAAGAUUGAAUAUUAUGUCAAGGUCAGUCUAAAGUCUCCAGACGUCAUGUUGACUUUACCCAUCCACAUCGGGAACGUCGCCCUGGACAAGAAAAUGCGCCCUUCCAAAAGAUCAGCUCCUUCUUCCUCCUCCACACCUGAGGCUACACCAGCUCCCGUAGCUAUCCCCGAAGCCACCCCCAACACCUCCACCUCUGACACCAUGCCCUCACUGCCACCUCGCCCUGCCCCUAAACCUGCUCCCCGUCCCACCCCUCGCCCCAGAAUGUCCUCCCAUAACUCCCCCAGUGCCCCUCCGGUUGAUUACCCGCAGGGGGCCGAGGGGGGGAGUCACAUGAACGAUGGCUACCCCAACAAGCGCCAGUCUCAGCUGGUGUCCCCUAACGCUUUCAGCUACGCCCCCGGCCUUUUCUUCCCGAACCAGCAGCAAAACGGUCCUGGUGCAGUGCCUGGUGGGUCAACAGGGGCCUCAGCACCGUACCCCCCUGCAGGGGCCGACGCCAUGCCAUCAGCACACAUCCUGCCUCCAGACUACAGCAACUCGUCUUAUCCUCAAGAGGCUCCUCCUACUUAUGACCAGAGCUGCAACACAUGAACACAGAGAAGAAGGACCAGAGAAUCUCCUCCAGGAUGACGGUCAAUUCAAACAGCAGAUCAUGCACCAUGUUGCCAAAAUGUACCUGUGCAAAAAUCCUACUGUUUUAGAAAGUUGUAACUAAAUUGGCAAAAAUGGUUGCAAGAAACAGCGAUCUACUUUAACACACAGUUGGUUAUUUUAGAUCCCCAACUGUGAAUCAGUGCCGAGCCUUUUUUAAAAAGUUAAAGAUCAGGAUUUUAUUUUAUUUCUCUCCUGCCCUGUGAACAAGGACCCUCACUUAACCAAUCUCCAUUUAGUCUCCAUUUUUUAACGCCUUUUUUUUUUUUUUUACUUUUAGCACUUUGAAUGAGAGGACAGAGGAGGGGAUAAUGCUUCAUUUUAUUUGCUAGUCUUUGUACAGGAACCCUGUUUUUAGUUGGGAGUUAUGUAGAAAUCCCUUCAAUGGCGUCUGUGAUGUCACUUUUUAUGUAUAAAAUGAGUGCAAAACUAACCAUCUGAUCUGGUCUGAUGUUUUCUCAUUGUUUUAAAAGCCUGUCAAUAACUAACCUGAGGAUGUGUUUAUUUGAUGAACAUGUGGAAUCAUCUUUUGAAAUUCAUGUUCAUUUUGAAUAUUUUAGACUGAGUAGAUGUUUGCUUUGGAAAGAUGGUUUUCAUUUCUCAUGGUGAGGUGUUUUUAGUUUUCAGACUUCAGGCUUGAGUCCUUUUAUCAUGAAGAAAUACCUGAACUCGCCAAUUGACUGGAUAUUAAUAAAGACGGCGUGCUUCCAUCUCCUUCCAUUGUAAAUAACAAACAAAGAAGUUGAAAUACGGCCGUGAUGGGCGCUGAUACAUUGCUCUGCAUGGUGACAUAUUUAGUAGUCGAGGCAUGCUCAGGAGUGAACUUGCUGCAGGAGUUCCUAGAUUGAUGUCCCAGCCUUUCCUCUAACCUGAAGACACAUUUAACUUCCAGAUGUAGCACCAAAGCUCCCUCAGGUGGGUCCAGUCCACAGCAGAUCAGGCUCUUGUGUUGAUUUGAAGCAGAUGCUCACAGUUAAAAUUGAAUGUGGAAAUAUAUUUGCAACAAAUUAAGAAUGUUGUAGCCUUCAAUUAACAUUCAUACUAGUCUACAAUUAGAUUAGAUAAAUAACAGCUGUAAUGAGUAAAUGGCUCACCAUACCUCAACUUCCUUUAAAGCUCCUGUGAGGAACUUUCUGUUUGUGUGGAGUUUGGCGCCCCCUGUGGACAAAGCUGGAACUCUUACAUCUUUGUUUAUUUUACCCUGUAUAUUGUAAGUGGGGCUUACAUCAUCAUGCUUCCUUAAAACAGUCAAACAAAUCACUCACUGUGAAUAAUUAGUGUAGAGAAAGUCUGUUUCUUCAGCGAGCCAGCGGUUUACAGCUUUUACAUUUAGAACAGAGAAACGUUUCAUUUUGUCUUUGAUGGAUCUGUUUGCUUUUUUAGCUCAUAGAGAGGUAUCACUGUUCAUUUGAUUCUUUCUAACCAAACACUCCUCACAGAAGCUUUAAGAGAUGAUCCUGUUUGAUAUGAAUCUUCUCUGCUGGAUGUUUGGUAGUCAUGUUUUCCCCAAUCGUCUCGUCUUUGUCUGAUUUUUUUUUUUUUUUUCUGUACAAAAAUACAAAAACCCUUCGGUUGAUGUUGUUCACAUUAUUUAUCUUAAUCCAAGAGUUUUGUGGAUACAUGUCUCUUCAUCAUGUUGAAUGCAUCAAACAUGCAGAAAGUCAACGUUUUAUUUAUUUAUUGUUUUGAAUGUUCUGAGUUUCAAUAAAUCUGUAAAAACUC